AUUGAAGAAGAAAGAAAGAAAGAAAGAAAGAAAGAAGAAAAGGAGAAAAAGGAAUCUGGUCUGUCAAUGGCGGUGCGGCCAACUGUUGCGUUACUGUCAGUGAAACUUCUUUCAUAUAAAAUAUACUGAAGAAAUACGUUUCCACGUUAUCAAAACCCUAAAACCACACGUAUUAUACUUUUUCUUUCCUGCAAUUAUUGUAAUCGCAAUUAGUACUACUACUACUACUAGUAACCAAGCCAAGAGCUGGCAACCGUCCCUUCCUUCCUUCACCAGCAGCUAAAGAAAAAGAACAUGGCAACUGAGCUUGUCAAUUCUGCUACAAGCGAGAAGCUUCCAGAGAUGGACUGGACAAGGAGCAUUGAAAUUUGCGAAUUAAUAUCACGAGAUCAAAGGCAGGCCAGAGAGGUUAUUAAAGCUAUUAAAAAGAGGCUUGGAAAUAAGAAUGCAAAUGUACAGUUGUUUGCAGUUAUGUUGUUGGAGAUCUUGACGAAUAAUCUAGGAGAUGAGGUUCAUAAGCAGGUAAUUGAUGUAGGGAUUCUCCCUUUGCUUGUGAAGAUAGUGAAGAAGAAGUCUGACUUGCCUGUGCGAGAGAAGAUAUUUCUUCUUCUUGACGCAACCCAAACAGCAACGGGAGGAGCAUCUGGGAAGUUUCCUCAGUAUUAUGAAGCAUACUAUGAUUUAGUGAAUGCAGGUGUAAAGUUUCCUGAUAGAGCUCCUCAAGUGGUGUCUGUGGCUGUCUCAAAUCAAGUUAGUUCUAAUAAUAAAAAGCAUAGUUCGUCUAACCUCCAUGGCGAUGAUGGCAUUCCUCCUCCUGCAAAACCACUGCCUGAAGUUGUUCCUGAAUCCAGUAUUGUUGAGAAAGCUAGUGCUGCAUUAGAGGUAUUAAGAGAAGUUCUUGAUGCUGUUGAUCCGCAUCAUCCUGAGGGCGCUAAGGAUGAGUUCACGCUUGAUCUCGUUGAACAAUGUUCAUUUCAACAACAACGAGUAAUGCAUCUUGCAGUGACUUCACGUGAUGAUAAGGUGGUCUCGAGAGCAAUUGAUUUGAAUGAACAACUGCAGAAGUUACUAGCAAGACACGAUGAACUCAUUUCGGGAAAGAUAACAUCUUCUUCAAAUCAUUCCACACAUGAAGAUGCAGAUGAGGAGGAAGUUGAACAACUUGUCCGAAGGAUGAGGAAAGGGAAGGCUUGUAUGCAACCUGAGGAGGAAGAAGAGCAUCGUCAACAAAAGGAUCAUCGACCCUUUGGAUUGCUGGGAGGACAUAACAUAAACCGACCCAUCAUACGACCAUUAAGCAUUGAUGAGCCUCAAGAGCAGCAACCGCUGCCAAUUCGUCAGGGGGUGUCGAUUCCACCACCACCCGCUAAGCAUGUCGAGAGAGAGAAGUUCUUUCAAGAAAAGAAGGUGGAUGGAUCGGGUUUAGCCAAUCAUGUUCGUGGACUUUCAUUGCACAGCCGCAAUGGCAGCAGUGGAGGAGGAAGCGUCAACAGUGAUUGAUAAAUGGAUCUUUAUGGUUUAUCAAUCUGUGUCUAGACUGGGUGUCAUUUUGUUUGAUAUGGUUGUGAUAUAGUUUUCAAAUUUUUCUUAAACAUUACUCACUGUAAAUGACAUAUAAUGGCAUAAAACAUUACUAUAUUUGUGGUUGUGCCUUAUUUUAUAAUAUUUUACAUCUUUAUUCUUUUAA